GUCCAACCUGCGCGGCUUCCUCACCCAUCGCCUGAGCAACAUCACACCGAGCGACACAGGUUGUUCACUGGCAUGCCAACAACUCGUACACCUCCGACUCCGACAACUACACCAAAACAUGUAAAACCACAUUGCGGCAGGAACAGCAACAGCAGCAAAGGCAAACACAGUUAACCACAAGCAACGAAAAACCACCUCAAGGAGAGAAAAGGAAACGGAAACCCAAAACAUAACCGGAAGCGGCCAUAUUUGUAGCGAAUGCUAAGCGAUUUCCGGCUGAGACCAUGAACGUUGCCAGGCCACUUUGAGUACAAACCAAAAGAGAUAAGAGAAAUAAAAGAAAAACCAAAUCAAAGGGAACAUAUCGUACUCCUCAGCUAUCCAUAAGAAGCAUUCAACAUGGCGGGCGCCUUCCAAAUACCUGUUAUCAACCUCGAGGUGCGCGAGGUCAAGGAGAUCGUGUGGGAGAAGAUCCAGGAGCCGGUCAACCAGCGCCGCCUCAUCCUGGUUAUCGUGUCCAUAGCUUUGCUGCUGGACAACAUGCUCUAUAUGGUGAUAGUGCCCAUCAUACCCGACUAUCUGCGAGAGAUUGGCAGCUUCGAUGACGGGCCCACGCCUCCGCCUCUGCGGGAUAAUAUCACAGGCAAGAUCAUACCAGUGCACCAUGAUCACCAUGGCCAGGACUCUGCUACGGGCAUCCUGUUCGCCUCCAAGGCUAUCGUUCAGCUGAUGGUGAACCCUUUUUCGGGCGGUCUCAUCGAUAAGAUUGGCUACGAUAUUCCCAUGAUGAUCGGCCUGACCAUUAUGUUCUUCUCCACGGCCGUCUUUGCCUGCGGCAGCAGCUACAGCGUCCUGUUCUUCGCCCGCUCGCUGCAGGGAGCCGGCUCUGCCUUUGCGGAUACCUCAGGACUGGCCAUGAUAGCCGAUCGCUUCACCGAGGAGAAUGAGCGGUCACAGGCUCUGGGUAUAGCGCUAGCCUUCAUCAGCUUCGGUUGCCUGGUGGCUCCUCCGUUUGGCGGCGCCCUGUAUCAGUUCGCGGGCAAGGAGGUGCCGUUCCUGAUCCUGGCACUUGUCUGUCUGCUGGACGGCCUGAUGCUGCUGCUGGUGAUGAAGCCCUUCAAGGAACAGAUCAAGCAAAGCAAAGAGGUACAGGACCAGGUGAUACCCAUCUGGCGCCUGCUCAUGGAUCCCUACAUCGCUGUCUGCGCUGGAGCUCUGACCAUGUCCAAUGUGGCACUCGCCUUCCUGGAACCAACUAUUUCGCUGUGGAUGGAGGACACCAUGACCACGGAGAACUGGAAGAUUGGCAUGGUGUGGCUACCAGCCUUUUUCCCUCACGUCCUGGGCGUGGUAAUCACAGUGAAGAUGGCUCGCAAAUAUCCGCAGCACCAGUGGCUAAUGGCCGCCGGCGGAUUGGCCCUGGAGGGUUUGUCCUGCUUCGUAAUACCGUUCUGCAGCGGCUACAAGAUGCUCAUGCUGCCCAUCUGCGUGAUCUGCUUUGGCAUCGCCCUGAUCGACACGGCCCUGCUGCCCACGCUGGGCUACUUGGUCGACGUCCGCUACGUGUCCGUGUAUGGCAGCAUCUACGCCAUCGCGGACAUCUCUUACUCCAUUGCCUAUGCAGUGGGUCCGAUCAUUGCCGGCGGCGUGGUGGAGGCCAUCGGCUUCACGGCCCUCAACUUCCUUAUCGCCUUCUCCAACCUGGCCUAUGUGCCCGUGCUGCGCAAGCUGCGCAACAUCUACGACUUUAAGCCCUUCGAGAACGAGGCCAAUAUCCUGAUGCAGGACCCGCCGAACAAGGAGUACCAGACUUAUGUCAUGCACGACCAGAAGCCGGUGGAGGGCGGUGUAAAGAACCACCUGGAAUACGGGCAGCAGUACCAGCAGGAGCAGGAGACCAAUCUGGAUGACCAGCAGUACGACUACCAGCAGCAGCAGGGAUACCAGCAAUCGGGUGGUUAUCAGCAAGAUCAAGGCUAUCAGCCGGGAUACCAGGAGCAGGGAGGCAGCUAUGCCAGCCAGGGACAGCCCCGAGUGGCCAAUCCAUUCCAGCAACAGCAGCAACAACAACAGCAGCAGCAACCGCAGAGCAGAGGUCCUGGCGGACCCGCGAAUCCCUUUAGGCAAGGAUUUUAAACUGUUGCCCAGUCUUAAACCGUGUUCUUUUGCACAUCUCCAUGUGCAUUUCGUUCGAUUAUAUCCGUUGAACAAAUGACCUAUAUAGUAUAUAUAUAAUCUACACAAAACACAUAUACCUACAUAUACAUAAAAAUAGUAUAAUAGACAUAUAGGCAAGUGGUACGUACACUAUAACGAGCAUAACAUGCAGAUAGUUAAUACAGCAGCUAGUUAAUGCCUUGCACUGCACCAAUUUUUGUAUUAUACACGAAAUGUUGAAGCAACUAAUUAAAAUCGGUGAUGGGAAGGGUACACUUUGGUUAACCUGGGGUACAGGGGGAUAUAUUAUAUUAAAGAACUUCAAGAUCCAAUUAGAACAAGAGGUUCCUUAUUAAUUUUUUAAGAUUAAUAGUUUAGGAGAGAUGGAUUUGUAAUUAAAAGUAAAAUAUUUAAAUCAAUACUUUUGAAAACCAAAUAAUAGUAGAAAAAGUGUCGGCAUUGCAACUUUCAUUAAAAUUCAGACAAGAAUACUUAUUUAAAUACACCGAAACUUAUAGAUCUCUGCACCCUGGUUAACCAGAAAUAUAACUACCCAUCAUCGAUCAAUCGCAUAUAUGCAUCAGCAUAUAUAUCAGCUAUAUAGUGCGAUCCGAUCGGGUCGCCUAUGCCCUAUACUCAGUACUCAUGCAGCCGUUUUCGUGUCUAUCAGUCAGUGAAGCUAGAGAAACCAAAGCUAGGAUUAGUUAGUUUCUAAGGGGAAACAGCACUCCCGCCAUAUCAAAUACAUAUACACCUGCAUACUAUAUACAUAUAUGUAUCAGAUAUUAUAUACACACGCAUACUUAAAUAUAUAGAUAUAUCUAUAUACAAGGUAGCCCUAAGCGGCGUGGCUGGUCAGCGGACCACUUUCGCCCGAGGACCGCCGUUUCACAGGCAAUGGCAUUCCAUAUCGCAGACAUAUCACAAGUUGCACAAAUCAGAACCAACAAAAGGGAAACUCUUUCGGGUGCCAUUGUGGCGGUUGCCGGGCCAGAAAUGGAUUCCCGACCAGCCGGGCUAUAUGAUUUCCGGUUUGCAAAAUAUUUUCGGUUCAACGUUUGUUAACAUAAGACACAACCAAGGUAACGAUACAUAUCAGAGUCUCGAUGGCUCGCCUGUUAAAAUUACCAAAAGUGAUAUUACUUAUUGCUACUAGUCUACACCUACAUACAUAUACAUAUAUAUAUAUAUCGUAUCAUAUCGGUGGCAUACACCCUACUUUUAGGCCCGUACAUGACCAUGUACAUAGGUUAUAUAUAUAUAUACAUAAAACCAACCAAUGGAAACAGAGAUCAUGUUUCAUAUUUACCUACCAAUCAAUUAUUAUUUGCUUGUUGACUCUAUGAGCAAAUCGGGCGGACCGCCGAUCAGGUGGGACCGCCGCCAUAGUAGAUCUUCGAUAGCAUAGCAUAUAUAUAAAUGUGUGUACCUUGUCUAUAAGAUAAAGAGAUAAAAACUAUGGAUAACGAUUAAUACAGUACGAUAUUUUUGAUUCGUUUCGACUGCACACCACUUUUUGAGGGCCGUUUACGGCCCCUAUAUAUUAUACACUUUUUAGCUGGAUCUCGAAAGAUAUUUAUUAUAUAUAUAUAUUUAUAUUCAUAUAAGUCAACUGAUCUUUUGUAUACAACUAAACAUGCGUAUAUGGAUGUCAGGGGAAGAUAAGAGGUAGCUAUGUGUAAAUUUGUCAGUUAUUUACGAGUAUAUAUAUCACAGACUCUCAGCAUCCGUGAACAUAUCAGUGAAACGGCCAUUUCGGAACUAGAAAUUUAACUAGAAAGAAUGAGAACAUGUGUAUCUUAUGAAUUACUAAAGCAAUUUACAGAAAUGCACUUAUUUCGGAAUAGUUAUUAUA